CACCAUGUACACCACAAAUACAACUACAACAUCAAUCAGUACGGGAAGUACUACUACAACAUCAAGCAGUACUGGAAGUACUACUACUUCCACUGGGCGUCACCCAACGUACCGCGGUAUACGGCGCAGGAGCAGUGGAAAAUGGGUCUCAGAAAUCCGAGAGCCCAAAAAACCUAAUAGGAUUUGGCUAGGCACAUUUACCACACCCGAAAUGGCUGCGGUUGCUUAUGACGUGGCUGCUAUCGCUCUCAAGGGUCAAGAUGCUGAGCUCAACUUCCCCAACUCCGCUUCUUCAUUGCCCGUGCCAGCCUCCACUUCACCACGUGACAUCCAGGCGGCAGCAUCCUCCGCUGCUGCUGCCAUGGGAGUUGCAAUUGAUCACGGUUCUUAUUCAAGGAGUGAGGUGCAGGGUGAUCAGCAAGAUGCUCAUCAGGCUCAUAAGACAGUUGAUGAGGCUGAUAGAUUAAUGUUGAAUCAGGAGUUUGUUGAUGAGGAUCUGAUCUUCAAUAUGCCUAACGUUCUAGUGAACAUGGCUGAGGGAAUGCUUCUUAGCCCUCCUCGCUUGGACAUAGCUGGCGAUGAUGCUAUAGGUGCUGAUCAAGAACAAGGAGACCAUAACCUUUGGAAAUUUAAUUAAAAUCCCAGCUUAAUUUUAUCAACAGUAUCAAAACGAGAAAAAAGAAAUGAAAAAAUAUAACCGAAAAUUAAAAAAAAGAA